AUGGCCGCCUGGUUCGCCAAUGUCGAGACCUGUCGACCUGCUUUUGAUUUGAAGCCCACACCUCGCGUGACCCACGGCCUGCGAUUUCCUGAUGCAUGCGCUCAACACAUCAAUGGCGAUUUGGCUUGUAGUACGGUCUUUAUCAUCGCCUCGGCAAGCUUGUCACGCAACACCGAUGCUCUCGACAGACUAACUAAUGCUCUGGGAGACAAGGUGGCCGGUGUUCAUGUCGGCAUCAGCUCACACACCCCCAUUGACGAGGUCGCCGCGAUUGUGGCCAAAGUCAAGGACCUCCAUAUUGACUGUCUCGUCUGCCUGGGUGCUGGUAGUAUCACGGAUGCCGCCAAAGUAAUUCGCUUUGCCCUCGCCAACGUCGUCUUCACAGUGGCCGACAUCCGUACCCUGCGGGGGUCCCGGCCACACAAACAUAAGCUACCAAGUAUCACGCUUGUCUGUAUUCCGACGACGCUGUCUGGGGGCGAGUACCAAGGCAUAGCUGGGGUCACGGAUAACGAGACACUGGAAAAGAUGCUGUUUGAUCCCAUUCGCGAUCCAGAUUUGGUCAUCCAGGAUCCCGAGCUCUGCUCAACAACACCGCAACGAGUUUGGCUAAGCACGGGUGUACGGUCGGUUGAUCAUUGCGUCGAAACACUGUGUUCGUUACAAGGCGAUGAAACGGCCGAUGACUACGCCCGCCGCGGGCUACGUAGGCUAGUCGAAGGACUGAUUCACUGCAAAGAAGACGCGCGAAAUCUCGAGGCCCUGCACCAAUGUCAACUCGCCGUCACCGACGCCAUGCGUGCAGUCUCGUGCGGUGUCCCCAUGGGUGCGAGCCAUGCGGUUGGUCACCAACUUGGCCCCCUCGGUGUGCCCCAUGGCGAGACCAGCUGUGUCAUGCUACCAGCGGUAUGCUCUUUCAACACGCGAGAGCCUGCCAACGUGCAGAAACAAGCCAAGGUUAUCCAACUACUCCUAGACAUACCUGCGAUUUCAAACUUAUUGAAAACCAAGGGCGUUGAUCCAGCAAAGGUGCAACUCGCAGAGAUACUGGACGUUUUCCUGCGUCAUCUAGGUAUGCCACGCACCCUGACGGAAGUCGGUGUCGAGGGAGACGAGAAGCUGCGGCAGUUGGCAAAGAAUAGCUUACAAGAUCACUGGAUCAAGACGAAUGCGAUUCCCAUCACUAAGGAAAGCCAGAUGAUGGAGUUGUUGGCACUGGUUAUCUAG